GUCGACGCAGGCAUCUGCUACACACAGCUGUGUGAUUUUAACGAAUGCAACAACAACUAUACAAGAAUAACACAAAAUCCAAAGAAAAAGUUUGUGUUUAUUUACAAAAUUUGUCAAAAACAAAAAAUAUACAAAUUAAUUGAGGAAAUUCACACUUUUCUUUAACGAAAUUAUAAAAAGCCGCCAAAAUAACGUCGACAACAGAAAUGCAACCCAAAUAUAAAUUCGCCGAAGGCGAAAAAGUAUUAUGUUUCCAUGGUCCGCUGAUCUAUGAGGCGAAAGCAUUAAAAAGUACCACCACCAAGGAUAAACAAUUGAAAUAUUUUGUACACUAUGCCGGUUGGAAUAAAAAUUGGGAUGAAUGGGUACCGGAACAUCGAGUUUUGAAAUAUAAUGAAACUAAUUUGCAGCGACAAAAGGAAUUGCAAAAGGAACACGAUGCCAAAAAGGAGAAAAAUAAGAAAGGUACUCCCAAAGGCAAAAAAGGAGAUACAAUGGCGGCAGCUCCUAAAGAAAGUGGGGCGGUUAGUAGUGGUGGUAGUGAGUCAAGAGCAUCUACGCCUUCAAAAGAAUUAAAUACGUCAGCAAGUGCUGCAGCAGCUACAGGUGCGGCCACUGCUACUGGUGGUGGCCGAGGAAAUCGUUCUAAACAGAAUGCUACACCCGUGCAUUCCACAGAAACGAAGAAAGAUAACACAGCUAAGGAGGAUACAACAACAAAAGACGAUAAAGAUGAACCAGCCACUAAAAAGAAACGAGGAACUUCCACAUCAACCAAUCCCGAUAAGACAGCUAACACAACAACAGUAGAGGCAAAAUCUUCUAACACAAGUAGCACAGCAGCCACUAACGUGACUACAAACACAACAGCAACAACUGCUGCUACUACUACAGCCACAACAACAGUAAGUGCUGCAAAUUCAGCUUCAGCUGCUUCCACACCUUCAUCUGUAAAUCGUUUGGAUUCGUGUGUUGAAAGCGAGGAAACAUUUUUGGCUAAAAUAGAGGUAAAAAUUAAAAUACCCGAUGAACUGAAACAAUGUUUAGCCGAUGAUUGGGAUGCCAUAACGCGUCAGCACAAACUUUUAGAUAUACCUGCUAAGAUAACAGUACAAGAUAUAGUUGAUCAGUAUAUAAAUUUGAAAAAGUCAGCCAAAUCUUCGAAUGCAUGUAAAGAGCUGGCUAUAUCAGAUGUAUUAAAUGGUGUUAUAGAAUAUUUCAAUGUUAUGUUGGGCUCACAACUUCUCUACAAGUUUGAACGUCCUCAAUAUGCCGAGAUUUUGCAACAAUAUCCAGAUACUCCGCUGUCGAAACUAUAUGGUUCUUUUCAUUUGCUGCGUUUAUUCGUUAAACUUGGCUCAAUGUUGGGCUAUUCAGCCUUGGAUGAGAAAUCAAUGCAAAUGCUGUUAGUGCAUUUGCAUGAUUUUCUCAAGUUUAUGGUUAAAAACAGUGCUACAUUCUUUAGCAUGUCCAGUUUUGUUAAUGUUACACCGGAAUAUCAUCGUCAUACUCAAUGAUUUUAAUUGAUUUUAUUUCUCAUUAAUUCACUUACGUUUUUAUUAUUCAAACGCUUUAUUAUUUACACAUAGUUUUUUUCUUUUUCUAGUGUUUUCAUUAUUUCGAAGUUUAUUUUAAGAGUUUUCUUUUUUAAAAAGAAUGAAGGAUGUUGGUAUUGUUUUUAUCUUCUUUUUUUUUGAAAUCUAAUAAUUACAAAUAAUUUUCUCAUAAUAAAAAAUUUAGCUAUCAA